AUGGCAAAAUUAUCCAAAGACAAUUUGUUGCUGAUCUUCACCGUGCUUGGUGUCGUCGUCGGAAUCGGGCUUGGUCUCUCAUUGCGAGACCCGGAAAAAGUCUGGUCAAAACGGCAUUUAUCGUAUUUGAGAUUUCCGGGAGACUUAUUUGUGCAAAUGUUGAAAAUGUUGAUUCUACCAAUGAUUAUGUCGAGUAUUAUGUGAGUUGUUGUUUUUUUUUUUGGAAAACUGAGAAAAAAGUUGCACAAUUUUCCUGGUUUUUUUUUUUGCUUUCCUUCAGUUUGGUUUGAAAUAACAAUUUCCGGCUAUUACAAAAAAAUGACUUCUCGCAAGAAUAAGAAAAAAAUGCUCGUUGACCCCACAUAUUUUUUUCUUGCUCACAUUCAGCUCACAAAAUUUAACGAACGAUUGCGAUGAUCUAUGAACAUCGUUCUUCCGGAACUUCAAAAAAAAAAUUCUCACGACUCACAAAUUGGGUGAUGACGUACAUAUAUAAGCUUACUCAUUUUAAAGUAUCACUUUUUUUCAAUAUUAUGGAACGUCAGCAAAAUGUUGACAAAUUGUUGAAACCAAUAAAAUGACACAAUUGAUGUAAUGUGCUUCUAUCUCUUUUGAACGUUCAGUUUUUUGUGUGAAAUAUUGAUAGAGCGGGAGGCAGGGAAAAACAAGAAUGAACUUUUGACACAAUGCAAAAAAAAAAUCGUGUUGAGGGUUUUGCUUUAUGGGCUUUCAGAACAGCUGGAUUUUGGAAUAAAAUAUGUUGUGAGAGGUGAAAGGAGGAGAAGAAAAAACUUCAAGAAAAACUAAUUCUAGAAUAAAAUUCAGUAACUAUUUUAAAAAUCGAUUUAUUUGGAUCAAUUUCUUUAAAGUUCGUCUCCUGUUAAAAAAAGCCAUUGGCAAAGUUUCAUGAAAAUCGAAAUUGACAGAGAAACACAGCUCCAAACUACUAGACAUAUGGAUUUUCCAACCAUAUUACACGGUGUUUCACUAUUUUGUCGAACUUUGAAAAAAAGUUUUUAACUGAAGUUUGAGAAGCUUCCAAAUAAAAUUUUUUGAGUAUUCUACCAAUUAGAACUUGCUCUUUCCAAAAAGCAUAACGUUUUUUUAAUCAGACUCUAUCUUUAUUUUUUUAAAGUACGUUUUUUUCAUGAAGAAAUUUCUCAAACUUUUUCAAAACCUCAAAAAAUUCAUGUUAGAUUUCCCUCUUUUUUCAUGAAUGCAAGAAAGGUUACUGUAUCACAACAAUUUUUCUGCCACUGAAAAAGUAACAAAAAAAUUAUUGUUUUACAACAACCAAUCGUGCAUGCACUUUUGUUUUCGUUGUUUUUUUUUGGAAAUAUUUUCAAUGCAAUACUAUCACUUGUAACAAACCGUCUCCCCUCUUAUUCUUUUGCGUACGACGACAACAGACAGGUCUCACCUGUCUCUAUCUUUUUGAUGCGGGGUGGGCGGGGCCAAGGUUCGAUCCCACAUGCCGACCAACUUUUUUUUUUGAAUUUUUUUUUAAUUUUUGGUGAAAAUGUUCGAUUUUUGAAGAGAUGUACUUUCAAAUUAGCAUAACUUAUUUUUUACUCACAUCAGACUCCGCUUUUAAGUGAACUUUUGAAAGAUCUUUAAAAAAAGUUGAAUUCUAGCAAAAAAGCGUAAUGACCGAUUUUAAUAUUAUGUAAAAAAAAAGUUUUUCACAAUCAGUAUCUCCGUUCAGAAUUCAGAAAAUUUCUGAAAUUAUCGAUAGAUAAGGGUUAUUGGAACUUCCUGAUUAGAGUCUCGAAUUGAAUUCAAACUUUUAAUUUUCAGUUCGAGUUUGGCAUCACUGGAAUCUGGAACAGCUGGAAAACUAGGAGUUGUAUCAAUGACAUAUUAUACACUAACCACCUUCUCCGCCGUAUUCCUAGGAAUUGUGUUAGUCACGGUGAUCAAACCUGGUAAAUGGGUUCAAACUGAUGUCACAGCUCUCGUUGGAAAUGUCAAAACAACUCCAUGUGUUGCCACCGCCGUUGAUACUAUCAUUGAUCUCAUGAAGUUAGUGGAACUCAAAAAAACAACACAUUUUACAACAUAAAAUUAAAAUGGGUUUUUUUUUCAGAAGUUGCUUCCCAGAAAACUUGAUCGAAGCCACAUUCCGAUCUCAAAAAAUGUGCCUAAAAUUCUUCAAUGGUACAGAAGAAAUUCCUCCGGAAAUUGCGAUGGUUUUAUCUCCAGGUUAAAUAAAAUCAAAGAGAUUUUCAAAAAAAAAAUGGAAAAUUUUACAGAAGAGCGAGCCUUGUUCACGGAAGUGCCAGAAAAAAUCACAUCGGAUGGAAUGAAUAUUUUGGGUUUGGUUGUUUUCAGUGUUGCUUUGGGAAUUGUGAUUGGAGUUAUUGGUGAAGAUGGGAAACCACUCAAGAAUUUUUUCAAAUCUUUGGAAGCUUGCAGUAUGCAACUUAUUUCAUGGGUUAUUAUGUAAGUGAUUUUUGAAUUAAAAUUUUUUUCAGUUUUCAUUCAAGAGAUAUUUUUUGACAAAAAAUAAAACUUUCAGUCAUUAAAUACAUUUUCCAGGUACUCCCCAAUUGGUAUCACCUUCCUCAUCGCUUCUCAAAUCGUCGGAAUGAAAGAUCCAGGACAAGAACUUCACAGGUUGAUGGGUUAUGUGAUAACAGUUAUUUUGGGAUUGGCUAUUCACGCUUUCAUUAUCAUUCCACUACUCUGCGUUGUGGUAAGAUGAUUUUUUCUCUAGAAUUCUAACAUAAAAUUCAAAAAAUAUUCCAGUUGGCAAGACGAAACCCAUUGAAAUUUGUUGGUGGAAUGGCGCAAGCCUUAUUGACAGCUUUGGCAACAAGUUCCAGCUCUGCAACUCUCCCACUUUCAAUUAAAUGCUGUGAAGAGAAUAAUGGAAUUGACCCCAGAGUCACACGAUUUGUCUUACCCCUUGGUGCAACAAUGUGAGUUAGCUUAACUUAUUUUCAUAGAAUUGUUUGAAAAUUUGGGUUUUUUUAGUAAUAUGGAUGGAACUGCGCUUUAUGAAGCUGUCGCUGCAAUCUACAUCUCACAAUGUGUUGGAAAUGAUUUAUCGCUCGGACAAGUUAUUCUUGUGUCACUUACCGCAACUCUUGCAUCGAUUGGAGCUGCUGGAAUUCCACAAGCUGGUAGGUUUUGAUAUUUGACAUUUCAUUAGGCUUUGACCUUUUUGAUAGGAUCAAAAAUACAUUUAAAAAUUGGAAAUCUUGAACAUUUUAACAGCGGAUCUAAUGUUUGAGAAAAUAUUUGAAAAAAUUGUCAGAAAUUUAAAUUUUUUUUUUCAAAAACAAAUUUCAGGUAUUGUCACAAUGAUCAUGGUUCUAAUCGCAAUUGGCCUACCAACAAAUCUGUUCAUUCUGAUCUUCCCAGUUGAUUUCAUGCUCGACAGACUUCGAACAACUGUAAAUGUUCAUGGUGACAGUAUCGCGACAGCAGUGAUCGAACGACUUUGUGAAAAAUCACUUCAAAAAGGUAACUUAUCUCGCAAGCAUGGUUUAAAUGUACCUUUAAAUGUUCAAUCUACAUAGAAAUACUGUAUCAAAAUAAUAUUUGUUCAGAUCACAGAGAAAACGCUGGAGAAGAUAGUGACGAGCAGGUUAAAUUCAUCUAAAAUGAUGAAAUUAUAUUUUAAAAAUGUAAAUGUUCAAGCUUGUAUUAUUUGCGCCUUGCUAAUUUUUAACGCUUUUUUUACUAACCGGGUUGCUCAUAUUAUAAAAAAUUGAAAUUUUAUAAAACAUUUUUUACAGGCGGUGUACGUGAAUCCAACGAUCAGGGUUAUAGUAUGCUUUCAACAAAUGCAUCUCCAGAUCCAAAAAGAAUCACAAUCGGUAAUAAUUGUGAGAAUUCUCAUAUGCUAUAA